ACUGGGACUCAGGCAGACACCACGUGACCGUAUGAUACCAACAUUAAAUAAUCUGGCCAGCAGUAACUGUUACUGUAACUAGUAAAUAAGAAUGGACUAUUUUACAGUGAUACAGGUUUAUUGGUGCAUAUCUUAGGGAAUAUUUACAGACUACAUAAAGCAAAAUAAAUGGUAAGCUAAAUGCAAAAAAACUUAAAUGGAAUUUUCAUCUCAUGGAAAGCCUGUAAUUUUGUUACCACAUAAAUUGGGUACAGUCACUCAAGUUUACUUGCACAAUAAAUUGAUUAGAUAAUUCAGAUGACCAAUGUAUAACAGAAUGUCUUUUAAAACAAAAACAGGAAUAAUCUACAUGCUUGGUGAGUGGAAACUUACCUAUAUUGAUACAAUCCAGUCAGAAUUUAGCUACGAUUUGGUAUUUUCAUGUAUGAUCUAUAUACCAUAAUACAGACUUAACAUUCUAAGACAGGGGUGUCAAACUCCAGUCCUGGAGAGCCAGAGCCCUUCACAUCUUUGGGUUUCCCCUCAUUUAACACACCUGAUUCAACUCCUUGUGCUAAUUACCACACAGCUCUUGAGCUGAAUCAUUUAUGGUGGAACAGGGAAAGAACUAAGCUACACAGGUCUCCGCCCCCCCAGGACUGCAAUUGACACCCCUGUUCUAAGAGGUUCCUCUUCAGGAUGUAGCCACUAGCACAGAGUAUUACAAACACCUGAAACAUAUGACAGAUCCGGUCACUCUGAAUGUCGGCGGUCACCUCUACACCACCUCCUUGUCCACGCUGCAGCGAUACCCAGACUCCAUGCUGGGUGCCAUGUUCUUUGGGGACUUGCCGUCGGCUCGGGAUUCUCAAGGAAAUUACUUCAUAGACCGCGAUGGUCCGCUUUUCCGCUACAUACUGAACUUCCUCCGAACCUCCGAGCUCUCGCUGCCACACGACUUCAAGGAGAACGAGCUCUUGCGCAAGGAGGCCGACUUCUAUCAAAUCGAGCCUCUCAUUCGGUGCCUGAAUGAUACAAAACCUCUCCACCCUUUGGACACGUUUGAGCAAGUGGUGGAGCUGUCCAGCACCCGAAAGCUCUCGAAGUACUCCAACCCAGUGGCUGUCAUAAUCACCCAGCUCACCGUAACCACCAAGGUCCACUCCCUGCUCGAAGGCAUCUCCAACAACUUCACCAAGUGGAACAAGCACAUGAUGGACACCAGGGACUUUCAGGUGUCCUUCACCUUCGGGCCUUGCGAUUACCAUCAGGAGGUGUCCCUGCGGGUUCACCUUGUAGAGUACAUCAGCAAACAGGGCUUCAGCAUCAGAAACACACGUGUGCACCACAUGAGUGAACGGGACAACGAGAACACUGUGGAGCAUCACUGGACCUUCUGCAGGUUGGCUCGCAAGGUUGAGGACUGAAGUGCCGUCAUCGGCAUUUAAAAUGUUGUCAUUGACUAGACAAGAUAAGCCAUGUGAUAUCAGCAGUUUAAGGACACGUGCUUCUUCAAGCAUGAGUGUUGUACAAUAAACAAGAACAAAGCAUA